UUAUGUACAAUACAUAACAUGUCCAUGCUUCCAUUAGUAUUUUGUACUUGAUACUCAGUAAUUAUAAUACAGCAACUAUUAAAAAUUACAUCAUUUAAUCCACUAUACUUUAGUUUAAAGUUUUUUGGCAGUGAUUAAAUUAAUAUAGAAUUUAUUACAACCAGAAGAAAGAUCAUUAUAUUACUGUUUUAAUACCAUGUUAUCAAAUACGGACGAUUUAUCAUUCUAUGGAAAAGAUCCAGGUGCAACAAGAUUUGGAAAUUUUAUAAAUUACUACUCAUUCCAUAGUGCAAAUGAGCGGUUGAAUCAUCUACAUCUAUCCAUGUUUCCAGAAUUCGAUUUAAAUGAUACCAAUUUGAUACUAGAUAUUGGUUGUAAUUCUGGAGAACUUACCAUUGAAUUGAAAAAAUUUUUGGAAAAUUCAUAUCCCAAUUUGAAGUUUCAAGUUUUAGGUAUAGAUAUUGAUCCAAUACUAAUAAAAAGGGCCAAAAUAAACGACUCAAAUAAUAUAUCAUUUGUUGCAUGUGAUGUUAUGUCUGAAUGUGGUAAAAAGAUAAUUAAAGAUUAUUUAAAUAAAUAUAAUAAACAAACUUUUAAUGUAACAUUUUGUUUUUCCGUUACUAUGUGGAUUCAUAUUAACAAUGGAGAUGAGAAGUUCAUAGAAUUUUUGAAAUACAUAAAACUUAUUUCAAAAUCUAUUAUCAUUGAGCCACAACCAUGGAAAUGUUACAGAAACGCACAAAAAAGAAUGAAAAGAGCUGGUGCAAACUUUGAUUUAUUUAAUGAACUUAAUAUAAGACAUGAUGUUGUUUCUGUUAUAGAAAAAACACUUACUGAGACACACAAGAAAGUUUAUGAAUCUCCAUCAUCUGCCUGGAACAGGACAAUUAAAAGCUAUCACUUACUUGAAAGCAAUUGAUAGCAUAAGUUAUGAUGCAAAGUAAGAACUAAAA